GUGGCCUAACACGUGGUGUUAACUGGUGGGGUUCGACAGUGCGAACAGCGCGGUCGACGAGGCGUGUCUGGCAAAGGCAUUGAGUGGUAAGCCUCGUUAUCUUUACAGGUUUCAGCAUCGCUCCUGUUUAUUGCGUCUCAUUUGUUUCCUACAAAGCACACGUCACCGCUCAGCCGACGUUUGACUUCUUUGGCGCCAAAAAUGUACUAGAUUCUACAGAAACUCCUAGGUGCCUUCUCUGUAGCUACGGUCGACUGGCGUAGCCUCGUUGGACUACCAUCUAGCUGUUUAUUCGACUGUAGCCCGCCGCUACAAUGCAACCGAUCGACGAUGGCGACCCCCAGCGACGAUGGCGGCAGCCCGAACAAGUCAACUCGUUUCUUCCUGAUGGACAAUCUGGACUGUCAAGAGCUGCCAACGCCGGCGGAUCUACAUCAACUCCGGGGGAAGAGGCGGAUGAACUGCGAGCUGCCCAGCAUGGCUUGCUUCCCACAUAUACUGGCGGGUAUUGGGGCUCAUCCAACUCUGAUGGCCACACGUUAGGAUAUACGGCACGCUCAGAAUCACCGAUUGAUUUGGGCGCACUGCAACUUGCUUUACCUCCCGAAAUAUCGUCCUACUCUAGUGCCUCGCGCGAUAUGGAUUCGACCCUUACACAUCCAUUUGAUAGCAUGUCGCCAUUUCUUGACGAACCACACAAUUUUGACGGUGUAGAGUCGGAUACAGAACCGUUGACUUCAGCAGCGCAACCUAUAUCUGGUACGCUCCUUAACCAACCAGAAACCCAAUCCCGCGGAAGCUUCCAGAGCGUAUCCGAUUUUGGGCGCGGCCGAAGCUAUGACGGAAACGAAUCUCAGCCAGGAACAAACUACGGCCGCAAUUUUGGUACUUCUCUCAAUCCCAAUGAAAUACGUAUCUCAAGGUCACCAUCACCUUCGCGAGCACUGUCUCGCGCGGGAUCCAUGGUGCGAGCUAUGUCGCAAAGAGUCGUCAACAUUAGCGGCGAUAAUGACGCUCUUAAUGAUCGCCGCCUCUCCAACACGUCUUCUAGGGCAUCUCACGAGGCAACUGUGCCGAACCGUCAGAACUCCUUUGCGUCAAUCGGCAUCGAUACUUCAUACCAACCUCAUUUACAACCUCCCCGAGAGCAUGAAAAGCUAGAAUUACCCCUCAGACCGAUUCCUCUCAGUGGUCGAAAGCUGCCAAACCCUUUGAAAGGAAAGUCCUUAGGGAUUUUCCCUCCCAACAGCCCAAUACGACUAGGACUUUGUAAUUUGCUAGUGAAUCCAUACACUGAGCCGGCCAUUCUAUUGCUGAUUGUCUUACAAACGAUUCUGUUAGCUGUUGAAUCUGGCCCAAGCGUGUUCAGUGAUGGCCAUGAGCGACCAAAGCGGUGGGCAGGGCGUGCCAUCGACUGGGUCAUGUUGGGACUUUUUAUAGUUUUCACCUUGGAGCUUGUGGCGAGAAUUAUUGUGUCUGGAUUCAUACUGAACGCCGCAGAAUACAGCAGCAUUGAUAGAAGGAAAGGCGUGCGAUCUGUCAUUUCUGACCAGUAUAAAUCGUUUUUUCAGCCACAACGGCAAAGGUCCGUUCGGAAUACUCGAGCUGAAGAGCCACAACCUAUCUCAAGAUCUUUUACCAACUUUAUGCAACAUGUCCCAGAGACAGUUGAAGAGCAACAGCGAUACCAGCUUGCGCGGCGAGCUUUCCUACGCCACUCAUUCAACCGCUUUGACUUUUUAGCUGUUGUAUCGUUUUGGAUCGAUUUCGUUUUGAGUAUAAGCGGUGUUGAGGACGCUCAUCAUCUAUACAUAUUCAAGAUGCUUAGCUGUCUCCGAAUUUUGCGCCUCUUGGCUUUGACAAACGGUACUGCAAUCAUUCUUCAAAGUCUCAAAAAAGCGGCGCCGCUGCUCGUUAGAGUUGCAUUUUUGAUCUGUUUCUUUUGGCUCCUAUUUGCAAUUGUUGGAAUUCAGAGUUUCAAGUCGAGCCUUGCUCGGACUUGCGUGUGGCUUGAUCCAUUAGAUGCAAAAAACCUGUCAGCAGCGGUCACCAUUGAAGGCCAGUUUUGCGGCGGCUAUCUGAACAAUGAUACCGGCCGGAUAGAACCCUGGCUUGAAUUUAGCACGCCUCAAUCCCUAGACAACCUCCUUCCUGGCACACAGGAUGGUAAAGGCUUCAUAUGCCCGAGGGGAUCUAUCUGUCUGCAACAACAAAACCCGUCGAAUGGAACUGUGAAUUUUGAUAAUAUCUUUCACUCACUAGAGCUGGUGUUUGUUAUCAUGAGCGCAAACACAUUUUCCGAUAUUAUGUACCAUACUAUGGGAUCUGAUUACAUCCAGGCAGCUUUAUUUUUUGGUGCAGGUAUCAUGAUCAUGAUGUUGUGGAUGACCAAUCUGCUCAUCGCUGUCAUAACCUCUUCGUUUCAAGUCAUUCGAGAUGAAACCAAAGCGAGUGCGUUUACCGCUGAUGUUAAAGCGGAAGAAAAGCCUAAGCCUGACCCUCGCCUACGGAAACUAUCAACACUUCAGCAGAUCUCAGCCAAAUCUAAGCCAUUCUUCUUAUUGGUUAUUGUUUUUGGCUUAAUCUGCCAAGCAUGCCGCAGCGCGCGGAUGUCCGAAGACCGAAGAAGGUUUAUUGACGGUGCAGAAAUAGCCGUGACUGCGAUUCUGGAUGUGGAGAUUAUAUUGAGAUUUGCGGCGUACUGGAGAUGCUUCUACAAAAGCCGUCAAAAUCUGUUCGAUCUUGCAGUUGCCGUUAUCACGACAGUUAUUCUCAUACCGCCCAUUCGAGCAUCGCGUGCGUACGCUUGGCUGACAGCUUUUCAAAUUGUCCGAGUGUAUCGUGUUGUCCUUGCUGUUCCGGUUACUCGCAAGCUAAUCAUGCUUGUGCUGGGAAAUGCUUCUGGUAUCGCCAACCUGAUGCUUUUCGUAUUUUUAAUGACAUUUCUCAUGGCAAUUUUUGCCUGUCAGCUGUUUAGAGGUGUUAUUCCAAUCCAUGAAGGCGACGAGUUGAAUCGAAUAUCUUUUUUCAGCCUAUACAAUGCUUUUCUCGGCAUGUAUCAGAUUUUAUCCAGCGAGAACUGGACAGAUAUUUUGUAUUCAGUGACAUCAUACACCCAUGAAUACAAGACUUCGUGGAUUGGGGCCGGAUUUUUGAUUGGUUGGUUUAUUUUGUCCUAUUUUAUUCUGGUAAAUAUGUUCAUUGCUGUCAUCCAAGAAAAUUUUGACGUUUCAGAAGACGAAAAACGUCUCGAACAAGUCAAAGCCUUUCUUCAAAGAAAAGAAGUUGGCCAUAAUGCAAGCAAUCUCGCAUUAUCAACAAUAUUCAGUUUUGGAAAGAACAGGAAGAAGAAGGAUCCUCUUGAUUAUGGCCCUGGAAUGAUGGAAAUGCUUCUUAAAGAUGCCGUGGUUCGCGACUUUCUAGACGAAGAAGGCACCGAUCACCAUGCAACUCAACAAUUAGAGAGAGCAGACCCUAUAGACCAGAGUCCUGGUCAGGGCAAUUGGUUGAGCCGAAUAUGGCAGAAGCUCUCACAUCGGGUCAUGUCCAACGAACCAAACCCAUUUUACACAAAUAUUCGAUUUGACGGGCCAAAUGACACCUUAGAUCCUCGACAAAUGGCAAGACAGGUAGUUUCCGCAGCUGCAGCACGCCGACGCGCCCAAAGAGAAUACUUGACGCGCUACCCAACAUACAACGACUCGCUCUACAUUUUCAAGCCUAAAAAUAAACUCAGGAGACUGUGCCAGCGACUUGUGGGACCUGCACGAGGCUCCGAAAGAUUUGAUGGUGUCGAGCCGAAUAAAAUCGCGUGGUAUUCUUUCUCGGCUGUUGUUUAUGCUGCUGUUGUUGCAAUGGUCAUUAUUGCAUGUGUCACAACGCCCCUCUACCAAAAGGAAUACAAAGAACGACAUCCAUCAAGCGGUACGAACUGGUAUGUUUGGACUGAUCUGGCGUUUACCGUCAUCUUUACCGCCGAGGCUGCUAUUAAGGUCAUUGCCGACGGCCUAUUGUGGACACCAAAUGCCUAUCUACGCAGCGCUUGGGGUUUAGUAGAUGCAAUUGUGCUCGUUACACUCUGGAUCAACGCCGCAACAUUGCUCGUGAACGACUCGGCUAUUUCGCGAGCCAUUGGUGCCUUCAAAGCCCUGCGAGCUUUACGGUUACUUAAUGUCAGCAAUAGCGCCAGCAAUACCUUCCACUCUCUCAUUAUUGUUGGCUGGUGGAAAAUUCUCGGUGCAGCAUUCGUCUCUUUGUCGCUCCUUAUCCCCUUUGCCAUCUACGGUCUGAAUUUGUUCAAUGGGCUCAUGGUGUCUUGCAAUGAUGGCGAUAGCGUUGAGGCUCUCACACAGUGCUUGGGAGAGUUCAACAGUACACCAUUUAGUGAUAAUUGGCCAAUGCUGACCCCCAGGGCUGUGGCAAAUCCAUACUUCAAGUUUGAUGACUUUGGGUCCUCUCUUUUCACCCUCUUCCAAAUUGUCAGCCAAGAAGGUUGGACCGAUGUGUCGUUUGCUGCACAGUCAAUUACGAGCCUAGGAAUGCAGACACAGGAUCUAGCUGCACAGGGCAAUGCCGUGUUCUUUGUCAUUUUCAAUCUGCUAGCUACCGUCUUCGUUCUCACCCUUUUUAUCUCCGUUUUCAUGAGAAAUUACACUGAGCAGACGGGUGUUGCUUUUCUCACAACCGAACAGCGAGCCUGGUUGGAACUUCGUAAGCUGCUACGCCAUAUAUCUCCUUCUAAGGCUUCCUAUCACGAGUCAGAGAAAAGCUGGAAACGUUGGUGCCAUAAGCGCGCUAUUGAAAAGCGUGGCAGAUGGCACAUUACAGUCACGUUUGUGUUGGUUAUGCAUCUGAUCUUGCUCAUUAUUGAGUUUAGUCAUGAACCAAAGUGGUGGACAUGGACAAGAGAUGGACUUUUUAUGGCCUUCAUCGUGUUUUAUGUCGUCAACGUCGCGAUUCGUAUAAUUGGGCUUAGCUGGGCCCGAUUUCGCAAGAGUGCUUGGGACCUUUACUCUUUAGUGGUGGUUGGCGGUGGUUUUAUUUCGACUCUUGCUCUACUGGGCUCAGAGCAAAAGCGAGAGACGUACGUUCAGCUGCACAAGUUUUUUCUUGUUGCAGUUGUACUGCUAUUGAUUCCAAGAAAUGAUGCCCUCGACCAGCUCUUCAAAACAGCGGCUGCCAGUUUACCGAUCAUUGCCAACCUCUUGGCUACCUGGCUGGUUCUCUUCCUUGUGUUUGCCAUUGCUCUCACGCAGGCCUUUAGCUUGACGCGUUUUGGCGGAAGCGAAACAAACAACCUAAAUUUGCGAACAGUCCCAAAAGCCCUUAUUCUGCUUUUCCGCAUGAGCUUAGGUGAGGGUUGGAACCAAAUUAUGGAGGACUUUGCAAAUAUCGAACCUCCGCUUUGCGUCGAGAGUUCAAACUUCUUUGAGAGCGACUGCGGUAGUAAGCCAUGGGCAAGAGUGCUUUUUGUGGCAUGGAACAUCCUGAGCAUGUAUAUUUUUGUCAACUUAUUUGUUUCUCUCAUUUAUGAGAGUUUCAGUUAUGUUUACCAGCGAUCUAGCGGAGUAUCUAUUGUCGACCGCGACGAAAUUCGGCGAUUCAAGGAGGCAUGGCGCAGUGUCGACCCCGCUGGAACCGGCUACAUCAGCAAGGAUGCAUUUCCUCGUUUACUGGGAGAGCUGUCGGGUGUCUUCCAAAUGCGAAUUUAUGAACCAGAAGAUUCCGUGAGACAAAUACUUGAAGAUGUGCGCCGAGAUAACCGCUUGUCCCGACACUCAUCCAUUAUUGCGGCACCAGCAACUGAGAUCGAUUUGGCCAAACUAAAUAAGAGAUUGGAAAGAUUGGAUGUCCAAGCGAUCCGCGCACGACGCCAGCGUUUCAAUGUCUUUUUCGAGGAAGUACUGGUUGCGGCGGAUCCAGAUCGAGGUAUUGCUUUUACCGACGUCUUGCUCAUUUUGGCACACUACAAUAUUAUAAACGAUAGUAAGAGUUUAAAGCUGGACGAAUUCUUGAGACGACGAGCAAGAUUGCAGCGCGUUGACGAAGAGAUACACCGCCGUACCGUUCAAGGAUUUUUUGAUACUAUGUAUUGGUCCAGAAGAUUCAAGGAGCACAUGGAUAAGAAGCGGGCUGCUCGCAUGUCAGCCAUUCCUCAGCUCAAUCUGCCCGAAAUCUUUGUUGAUCCAGGAGAAGCAAAUGCCCCUAAAACGCCAGUCGAGGCACCUGGACCAUCCGACACCCUUCUAACGGUCGGGUCUUCUGCAUCACUACACAAACGCUCUGCAUGGUCGACUGAUAUGGCAGCGGCGCGAGCUUCUGGGAAUCAUCCGCUCAGCCUUCCUCGACUUGUAACACAUGGGUUGUCUCCGCCAGGCACACCAUCUGUGGCCAGUUUUGAUAUUGCACGCAGUGACGCGCAAAGUCAUACAUCAGGAGAAAUGUCACGCCGAGGAAGUAACGUUAGCCCGUCGCAGGCUCGAGACAUGCUAGAUGACUCUGUGUGGGUGCAGAGCAUUCGUAAGAGCAAGACCAUGCGCAAAUCAGAUCGAACGUCCUACCGAUAUGGUGACAUUGGGUGAGGGAUAAGGGAACUGUGAGACUGAGACGGAAAAAGAGCUGGCAUUUCGAGGAUCUGUCAGCAUAAAGAAGGAACCUGAAAUGAGAUUAGGAAGAAGCGCAUAAGGGCCCCAGGUGGAGCAGAAUCGAAUGUAAAGCGAGGAUUGUGUAGCAGUCGCCGGGUCUAAGUGUUUCAGAGUACCCCCAGGCAUAAGGUGGCUCUACAGGAUAGCAUCUUUUGUGAAUAUAUUUAUGAUAAUUAUUAAUGGGAAUACCGAAAAUAUAAUACUAUUUCUAUUCUGAUAGACAUUGAUUUUUGCAAUAAAUUUCCUUGCCAAGGUGCUGCGGGUUGGGAUGAGGUCCAAGGCCUGGGGUUGAAAUGAGACGAUACCCAUAAUGUAUGGCGACCCAAAGCCCAGGAUAAGAUCCAUGGGCGAUAUUAUUGGUCUUAAUUGCAAAACAGAGGGUGGUUUUUUGACAAAAGCACACAUAUAAUGCAGCGCAAGUGCUUGGUUUAUAUGUCAGGAGGCAGUUACAUCCCCUCCUCACAGUCCGUGACAAGUUUCGGUUUCGCAGAACAGACAAAGCCGAAACCAUGCAUAGGACCUGGCAUGUG